CCAGACAUGUGGAGCAGGGAAAACAAUCCCCUCCAUGAUAUUAUUCAACUUGGAAUGUGAUGACCUGUCCUAGACUGACCCCUGUAGUACAAAUGUGAACUACACGUCCAGACAUGUCCAGACAUGUGGAGCAGUGAAAACAAUCCCCUCUAUGAUAUUAUUCAACUUGGAAUGUGAUGUUAAAAUAUGAAACUAUUUGUGAAUAGAUGAAAUGUAAUUUCAGCUUCUUAAAUGAGAGAACGGUUUGUCAUGGAGAAACUCUGCUCACUCAGAGGCCCCGCCCAAGUGAACAGACAUUGGUUAUAAACUAUGAAACACGCCCUUCUCUCUCCUACUAUAUAAGCCCUGAUAUGAAAAUGUAACCUCCUGUUCCAAGGAGAAGAGGACGGUGGUCUCCACUUGAAAAGGACAAGAUCAACAACAGAACUAAGCCAACCUCAGCGUGAGCUCUGGUUGAACGACAAGAACCUACUGAAAUUAACAUCGAAUUUCAACGUAAAGAUGAUGAUCAACACACCGAAAGGAUGAAUUUCGACUAUACCAGCCAGAAUAUAGCAUGAGCUUAAAGAAUGGCAACUUGGUGUGAACUUUGAACUCUUAUUCAAUAAAGAAGUGAUACCUCCUAGCUGUUGCGUUAGCAACCACAGCUGUAAACGUGGGCUAGGAAAGGACGGACAAAGGACCCGUUCUACCACACGACGACGGUUCUACCAAGUAUACGUUCUACCACCAGACAUUCUUCAAAGGACAACCCGGCCUUCCACCUACGACCAACCGAUCGAAGCGCAGCUCAGAGUCAUUUUGACCCCCCACUGUGAUCAACCCUCCCGCUGUCCUCAGGUCAUUUUGACCCAACACUCUGAUCAACUCUCCCGCUGUCCUCAGGUCAUUUUGACCCCCCACUGUGAUCAACCCUCCCGCUGUCCUCGGGUGAAAAUGACCCACCACUGUGUUGAACCAAGUUUGAUUUUAUUUGUAUAUUUUGUGGAUCAUUUGUAAGAAGGAGGCAGUCAAACUUUCUUUAUUAACAUCAGUGAAAACAAUCCCCUCCAUGAUGUUUUUCAACUUGAAAAUUCAAUGACCUGUCCUAGACUGACCCCAGUAGUACAAAAGUGAACUGUUUCCUUCAUUCAUGUACCCAUGUAAGCUGUAGGAAACAAAAGAUACUACUAUUGCCACGGUUACACGUCCAUACAUGUCCGUACAUGUCCAGACAUGUGGAGCAGUGAAAACAAUCCCCUCCAUGAUAUUAUUCAACUUGGAAUGUGAUGACCUGUCCUAGACUGACCCCUGUAGUACAAAUGUGAACUACACGUCCAGACAUGUCCAGACAUGUGGAGCAGUGAAAACAAUCCCCUCUAUGAUAUUAUUCAACUCGGAAUGUGAUGUUAAAAUACGAAACUAUUUGUGAAUAGAUUAAAUGUAAUUUCAGCUUCUUAAAUGAGAGAACGGUUUGUCAUGGAGAAACUCUGCUCACUCAGAGGCCCCGCCCAAGUGAACAGACAUUGGUUAUAAACUAUGAAACACGCCCUUCUCUCUCCUACUAUAUAAGCCCUGAUAUGAAAAUGUAACCUCCUGUUCCAAGGAGAAGAGGACGGUGGUCUCCACUUGAAAAGGACAAGAUCAACAACAGAACUAAGCCAACCUCAGUGUGAGCUCUGGUUGAACGACAAGAACCUACCGAAAUUAACAUUUAAUUUCAACAUGAAGAUGAUGAUCAACACACCGAAAGGAUGAAUUUCGACUAUACCAGCCAGAAUAUAGCAUGAGCUUAAAGUAUGGCAACUUGCUGUGAACUUUGAACUCUUAUUCACUAAAGAAGUGAUACCUCCUAGCUGUUGCGUUAGCAACCACAGCUGUAAACGUGGGCUGGGAAAGGACGGACAAAGGACCUAUACUACCACACUACGACGGUUCUACCAAGUAUACGUUCUACCACCAGACAUUCUUCAAAGGACAACCCGGCCUUCCACCUACGACCAACCGAUCGAAGCGCAGCUCAGAGGAAAGAAAAUGCAGCGACAAAACCAAAGAGGAAUAACGGAGACCUUUUUCCGCGGGGAGCAUCAGAGUAUAGAAACCUUGAAAAUGGAGACCCCACUAAGUUGUAGACGUCUUAUUUCAAAAGACAUUCCACUGUACCCCAAAGCUGACAGAGCAGAAUUUCACGCGGACACAGUCUGUCAUGUAACCACUCCAACAGGCCUGACAGGAAUCAUGGAUCUGAGCGGAUUUACAGCAGGGCAAACAGGGGGUUUCACAUGGUGGGCUCUUCACAUUACAGAAGGGGAAAUUGAGGCAGCAGAGAAUCGCUUCCUUGAAAAGGAACAGCUUUCCUUUGACCCAACAACGGGUGAAGAACAAAGACACAAUCCAUUCCUGAAGGAAUUCACCACCUCCCCUGUCUUCCAAAAGGGAUCUCGGUACGGGAACUUUAAGUUUACCUUCCCCUUGGAGGAUCUCAUGCAGAUGUACACAGAGCAGAUCUGUGAGGGAGAGAAGCCUGUCCUGAGAGUCUAUGAAACCGUGGUUUACAAGCAGGAGAUCAUGUACGUUGUGGUUGUCCACGGUCCAGAUGUGACAGAGUUUGAUGAGUACCCACUUCUUGCUGAUGAGAAUGAUAAGGCAAUAUGCAUUUAUAAAGAUGGUCAAAUUGUCUGGCGUGCAGAAGCAAUAUGUGAAACCCAUACAAAGAAGCUGAUCAUCAACAGAGAGAGUGGAACAGUUGAAACAGAAGAACUUGGACGUGGUUUUGAGUAUUUCAUGUGGGACCAUGUGACCCUGGCAUUCCAUCUGCCAGCUGACCGCACCCUCCAAGUUGAAGAGGGAGUAUUAAAGGAGAGACUCCAUGCAUGUGAGGGUAUCAGACCUUUUCUCCAGGGUGAGUUUUUAACACUAGAGGAGGCAGAAGAAGUAGUCAAUGCCAUAAAGAACUCUAUAUAGGGACAGUGCUAGUGACAGUGCUAGUGACAGUGCUAUAUGGGGACAGUGCUAUAUAGGGACAGUGCUAUAUGGGGAAAGUGCUAUAUAGGGACAGUGCUAUAUGGGGACAGUGCUAGUGACAGUGCUAUAUGGGGACAGUGCUAGUGACAGUGCUAUAUGGGGACAGUGCGCUUGACAGUGCUAUAGGGGGACAGUGCUAGUGACAGUGCUAUAUGGGGACAGUGCUCUUGACAGUGCUAUAUGGUGACAGUGCUAGUGACAGUGCUAUAUAGUUACAGUGCUAGUGACAGUGCUAUAUAGUUACAGUGCUAGUGACAGUGCUAUAUAGUUACAGUGCUAGUGACAGUGCUAUAUAGUUACA